CACCGGCUUCCUUAAUAAUGUCCUGAUAUUCACAAACAACCUUUAUUAAUACGUUUUUAGACUUCAUAGACAUUUUUUACCAUUCAAAAUGCAAAGUAAGGACCUUUUUACAACUCUCAAGAGAUUCGACGCUUAUCCAAAGACUCUAGAAGAUUUCAGAAUUAAGACUUUUGGUGGCGCUGCUGUCACAUUUAUUAGUGGAGUAUUGAUGUUCCUAUUGUUUGUAUCAGAAUUAAACUAUUAUUUGACUACAGAGGUAACACCAGAACUAUUUGUAGAUACUACCAGAGGACAAAAACUUAAAAUUAAUGUUGAUAUAAGCUUUUCAAAAUUACCAUGUGUCUAUUUGAGUAUUGAUGCCAUGGAUGUAUCUGGUGAACAACAGAUUGAUGUAGCAAGUCACAUGCUGAAGAAAAGACUUGACCUGGAUGGUAAACCCAUAGAUGAAAAAGCUGAGAAAGAAGAUCUUGGAGACAAAAGUCAUCAAGCUAAAGAACUAUUAGAACUUGAUCCAAAUCGCUGUGAGAGCUGCUACGGUGCUGAAACUCCUGAUAGCAAAUGUUGUAAUACUUGCGAAGAAGUGAGGGACGCAUACAGAAGAAAAGGGUGGGCAUUAUCCAGCAUAGAUGAUGUAAAGCAGAGUCCAUUGACUGCUGCUUAUAUCUCACUCAUCACUCACUUCAACGUCAUCAUUUCAAAACAGGUUGCUGGGAAUUUUCACUUUGCACCUGGGAAGAGCUUCCAACAACACCACAUCCAUGUAUCUAUACUCAAGCUUAAAUCAGGGGGCAAUGUAAUAUCAAUGAAUUUGCAUGAUUUGCAGCCUUUUGGAGAAACUAAGUUCAACCUCACCCAUCGUAUCAAUCAUUUAUCAUUUGGUCAUGACUACCCAGGAAAAGAAUACCCAUUAGACAACACAUUGGUCCCAGCAGAAGAAUCUGGGUCCAUGUACCAAUAUUUUGUUAAAAUUGUGCCAACAACAUAUCGCAAACUUGGUGGUGAGAUUCUCCACACGCAUCAGUUUUCUGUCACCAAACAUCGCAGGACCGUCAGACAGAGAACAGGAGAACAUGGCCUCCCAGAUUCUCCACACGCAUCAGUUUUCUGUCACCAAGCAUCGCAGGACAGUCAGACAGAGAACAGGAGAACAUGGCCUCCCAGCUAUCAUCUGUUAGAUAUUGACCAUCACAGGUUUGCAGAUUUCACUUUCUAUCGUAAUCACAAUAUUAACAGAUUUUCCCCCCAUUGUUUCAGGUCAUUUAUGCACUUUUUAACUGGAGUAUGUGCCAUUAUAGGUGGUAUUUUUACAGUUGCUGGUUUAGUUGACUCUAUGAUUUACCAUUCCUCGCGAGCAAUUCAAAAGAAAAUUGACCUUGGCAAAGCUAACUAGCGGAAGUCUAAGCCACCUACCCCACAUAAAAUCAAAAAAAAUAUUGCACUGUAAAAGUACUAUGGGYCGCAUUUCAUGUAUAAUUCAAAUACUCCAUCAAUAUUGCAUUAUCUUGUCCAGUCAUUUGCGACAGUUAAUGUUUUCACUCCAAGAAAAAAGACUGAGAGGUUGAUGAAUGGAUGUCUAAGGACAAAAUGCUUUCCUGUCUACCCUCCUUCGGGAGAAAUAGCUUUAAAACAUGAUAAGUAUAACUAAAUUAGCCAUUCCGAGGUUACGGGAAAAAUUGAGUCGAGUUGCCAUUGCAGUGCAUUGUGGGCUUGUUUUAAGCGAUGAAAUAGCCGCCAUCUUGGAAUUAUUUCCCCAAGAACAGCCCCACAAUGCACUGCAAUGCCAACUCGACCCAGUUUUUCCUCAACUUUGGAAUGGCUGAUUUGUGGCUUUGACGUACGCAGCAUUUGAAGUGACCCCUCUCCCCGUCCUAAGUUACCCGUCGUCUGUUUAAGUUUAUUCAACAGCACUAGUUCUUCUAUAAGGGAAAUGGUUUCUAAGUUAUCAAGUCCAAAAGAAAUAUCAAAGACACAAUGUCACCGUGGAGGCUGCGCAGCCAGGGUCGUUCCCAUUCCCCCCAGAGCCUGGCUACGCAGGCUACUAAGUAUAUAUUUUAUAUUAUUUUAAUAGUUAUUAUUAAGAUCUUCGAAGAACUUUUUCAAAAAGACAUGAUGUUUAUAUAACGUAAUGUUUUGCCUUCCAAGUUUGAUGGUUGUUAGAUUCUACCGUGGGGUGCCUUGCUUCCAAUCGGAGGUAUUAAGAGGCAUUCUACAGUACUUUAGAUUGUCGUCAGCAAAAAAAAAAAAAACAAAAACAAAAGUCA